AUGCCCAUCAAUGCCAAAACCGAACUCACCAACCUUUCCACAAUCCUAACCCUCUUCCACCACCGCAACAAAAACCAACACCGCCUGGCAAAAUGGUACAAAUCCCUUAGCAUCCUACAUCGGCAAAUCCCCAAACUCCUCUCUUCUCUAGAAACAUACCACGCAGCGAGAGAAUUAAAGGAAAAGAGUAAAUACACGACGGAGGCACGUGAGAAGCUGGUGGAGCGAGUGGAGUUUAUGGGGAGGUGGGUGCUAGGGAGAUGUUAUUUGGCUUUUUCCACAUUGGUUGCUGAUAACCAGUAUGCGGCGUUAGGACUUUUGUUGGUUGGGGUUUUGGCGCGGUUACGGACGGUGGUGAAAAUGCUUGGGAAGGAGCUAGGGGUUGAGAUUGAGAUGGGGGAGAUUGAGAAAUCGGUUUCAGAAGGGAUAGAAGAGGUUCUCGAGAUGAAGGAAGGGGGAGAUGAUUUUGGGGAAGUGAUUUCGAGGGGUGCAAUUGAAGUGGGUGUGGGUGGAAAUGUCGUUGAGGCAUUGGAUGAGGACCAAGUCGAAGAACCUGCAUUACGGAUGUCGAAGAAGGAAAAGAAACGGCGGAAGCAGGUGGAGGAAGUGAAAGUAGGUAACGAGGUGGUCGAUUCGACAUCCAGUAAACGUCCUAAGAAGAAGAGGAAAAAGGGUGAUGCAUUUGAUGAUUUAUUUUCUAGUUUAGUUUGA